AUGACGUCACAGCAGAUGUCUAGUCGCCAGGCGCUGUCGCACACACGCCCCCGCUGCGGACGACCCGAGCCGCCGCAGCCUCCGCCAGCCAGCCAGCGAGAGGCAAGCGAAGGCGCGCGCGCGCGCCGAACUGCGCAGGUGAAAGUGUCGUAUCUUGCGACAGCGUGCACUGGGACGCGAACAGCUGUUUCGUGA